AUGCCUGCUCAACUCUUAACUCAGCCAAAUCCGCCUCCCGAAAAGUCCCUGCUUCCGAAGGAGUUCGGUGCGCUUAGCGUCAAGCUCGACCUCAAUGUCCUCUCCCAGGAAGAGCUUAACGAUGUCAAGGCAUUCCGUCGUGCGGCUGAUUAUAUCGCUGCUGCCAUGAUCUUCCUUAAGGACAACGUCCUCGUUGAACGCAAAAUCACCUUUGAUGAUAUCAAACCCCGUCUUCUCGGCCAUUGGGGAACUUGCCCAGGCCUGUCGCUCAUCUAUGCUCACCUCAACCGUCUCAUAACCAAGCAUGAUGUUGAUAUGCUUUAUGUUGUCGGUCCGGGACAUGGUGCGCCGGGCAUUCUGUCUUGCCUUUGGCUCGAAGAUUCCCUAUCUACAUUUAUUCCCAAGUACUCCCGUGAUAAGGAGGGUCUUGGUCGUCUCAUCUCUGGUUUCUCUACUCCUAGCGGAUUCCCCUCUCACAUCAAUGCCGAAACGCCAGGAUCAAUCCACGAAGGCGGAGAGCUUGGCUACGCGCUUUCUGUCGCGUUUGGCGCUGUUAUGGACCAACCAGAUCUAGUUGUUGCCUGUGUUGUUGGCGACGGUGAGGCGGAGACUGGUCCGACUGCAACCGCAUGGCACAGUUAUAAGUAUAUUGACCCUGCAGAGAGCGGGGCCGUCAUUCCAAUCGUGCAUGUCAAUGGCUUCAAGAUCUCCGAACGCACUAUUUACGGGACCAUGGAUGACCUCGAACUGUGUGCUCUUUUCAGUGGCUACGGUUACCAAGUUAGGUUCGUCGAGGACCUUGAAAAUAUUGACCAAGACAUGGCCGCCUCGUUGGAAUGGGCGCUUGCGGAAAUCAGAAAGAUCCAGAAGGCUGCACGCAGUGGUCAGCCGAUUGUCAAGCCCCGUUGGCCGGUCCUUAUCCUACGCAGUCCAAAGGGCUGGUCCGGUCCAAAAGCUUUCCACGGUGAAUAUAUUGAAGGGUCAUUCCACGCACACCAAGUUCCGCUGCCCAAUGCAAAGAAGGAUAAGGAAGAACUCGAGGCAUUGCAAAAAUGGCUCGACUCAUACAAAAUUACCGAAGUUAUUGACGCCGCGACAGGCUGUCCACUCGACCAUAUCUUGCACAUCGUCCCUCCUGCUCCCGGAAAGCGUCUUGGCCAGCGCAAAGAGGCCAAUGGCGACUACAGCCCACUGAUCACUCCCGACUGGCAGAAGUUGGCAGUGAAGAAGGGCACGCAGGAGAGCUGCAUGCAGCGGAUUGGCAAGUUCUUGCUCGAAGUUGUCAAAGAGAAUCCGAAGACGUUCCGUAUCUUCUCUCCAGAUGAACUCGUCUCGAAUAAGCUUGACGCUGUCUUCGAGGCGACAGGCCGUAACUUCCAAUGGGACGAGAAUGCGCGUGCUUCCGGCGGACGCAUCAUUGAAAUUCUGUCAGAGCACACAUGUCAAGGCAUGAUGCAAGGAUAUACUCUAACGGGCCGAACUGCCCUCUUCCCAUCAUACGAGGCUUUCCUCGGAAUCGUUCACACGAUGAUGGUGCAAUAUGCCAAGUUUGUAAAGAUGGCCCAUGAGACCACUUGGCGUAAGGACGUUGGAUCCAUUAACUACGUCGAGACCUCUACAUGGACGCGUCAGGAACACAACGGGUUCUCGCAUCAGAACCCGAGCUUCAUUGGUGCGGUACUGAACCUCAAGCCCCAAUUGGCGCGUGUGUACCUGCCACCAGAUGCAAACUGCUUCCUUAGCACUGUGUCGCACUGUUUGCGCGCGAAGAACUACGUGAAUCUGAUGGUUGGUUCGAAGCAACCGACGCCUGUUUGGCUUUCUCCUGAGGAGGCGAAUGCGCACUGUAUUGCAGGCGCGUCUAUUUGGAAGUUUGCUAGCACCGAUAGUGGUGUCGAUCCUGAUGUUGUCCUUGUUGGUAUUGGCGUCGAGCUUACCUUCGAGGUCAUCGCCGCAGCAGCCAUUCUCCGAAAAGAGGUCCCCGAACUGCGUGUGCGCGUCGUGAACGUGACCGACCUUAUGAUUCUGGGUCCCGAGAGGUCGCAUCCGCAUGCCCUACAGGAUGCAGACUUCAUCUCGCUCUUCACCGCUGAAAAACGCGUGCAUUUCAACUACCACGGCUACCCCGGCGAGCUCCGUGGCUUGCUCUUCGGACGCCCGAAUGCGGGACGCAUGUCUAUUGAAGGGUAUAGUGAAGAAGGUACGACGACAACACCAUUCGAUAUGAUGCUCUCGAAUGGCGUGAGCCGUUAUCACGUCGCGGCUGCGGCGGUGCGCGGUGGUGCAUUGGUCAAUGAGAAGGUUGCUAUUGAUGCUCAGAAGCGCGUUAGUGACUUCAUGCAUCGUGCGCAAAAGGCACGCGAGUAUGCAAAACAGCAUGGACAAGAUGCGGAAGAUACUUAUGAUACUCCGAAGUUCGAGUGAUCAGUUUGUUGUUGCUCGUUUCUCAAGCUCUGUAUGAAUGCGACGGGGGGUAACUUGGACGAUGUAAAGUAAAAGUGUACAAAAGUGUACUUGUAUCUCGAUAGUGUCAUGAUUUGAAAACCGG